AUGAAUAAAGAAGGUCCUGGGUUUUUAUAUAAAGUAUAUUCUAUUUUAGAGCACCAAGAUUAUGAUGAUAUUGUUAGUUGGAAUGACAAUGGAGAUAGAUUUGAUGUGAAAGAUAUCAAUAUAUUUCAGAAUUACAUAUUGCCUAAUUACUUUAAGCAUUCCAAUUACUCUUCGUUUGUUCGUCAGUUGAAUAUUUAUGAUUUUCAUAAGACAGAAAAGUAUUCAUUUAAACACAAAUUAUUCAGAAGAAAUUAGAAAGAACUGCUUCCCUAAAUUAAAAGAAAAGUUAAUGAUUAAAUUAUCGUACUGCCUAGCAUUGAAUAAAUUAAUCAACAAUUAUCUAUUUUGACUUUGAGAAAUCAAGAGUUAGAGUCUUUGUUCAAAUAUCUCAUUCAGCAAAGUGAUAAAUUAUAAAAAGAGAAUGCCUAUUUAUGGUAAGAAUUAUGUAAACUAAAAUAAAAAAACGAUCAUUAAUAAGAGACAAUGUUUGAUUGGCUCACCAACAACAUCACUGCAGAGUCUCUAUUCAGAAUUCUAGAAAAAAGUAUUACAAAAAAAGAUCUCAUUAAAUUGGUCUCUAGAGUCUUUGGACAGGAUCAAUAAAAUAAAAAAAUCAAAACAGACUAUAUUAUUUGA